UCCGCCUUUUUUCUAAACAAUAUAUUGUGAACUCAUUUUAUUCAAAUUACGAAAAUUUAUUUUUUUCCGUUAUUAUCAAUAAAAAAUAACCAAUAAUGAAUAAUAACCGUCAUCAUACGGAAAAUGAUUUGGAAACAAUGAUUGAAGAAUCCAUGUUAUUCGAUAUUCAUAAUCCAAUUGGUGAAAGAGAUGUAGAAAUGUCAACGAAUUUUAUCGAAGAUUCUGGUGUCGACGGUUUCAUGUCAUCCUCAGCAUUUGCCAAUAAUACUGACGAUGAUUCAUUUUUUCGAUUUAGACGAAAUCUAUCCUCAUCGAAUGAUCUAUAUAGUUCAAAUAUCAAUAUGACCACUAUGACAACAUCAAAAUCAAUGUCUUUAUUGUCCAAUGAAUCAUCACGUGUCCGUGAUAUAUUCUAUUGUUCGAAUUAUUUUGAUCUCAAUGAUAUUCUUUCACAAACGAUACGUUUAUCAGUUAAAUUUCAACGUACAAUACCGAAAUUGGGUUAUUUAGAUCCUAGUCAACAACAGCACCAAGAGGAAAGUAGUGAUGACAACAUGACUAGCCAUGAUAUUGCCAUUGGAACAAAAUUAGAAUUGCCAUUAUGGAUGGUAAAAGAAUUGAAUGGUGAUCGUGCCGUGAUGGUUAAAUUACCUAAAGGAUAUAAUCUAAUUUAUCGAGAAAUUCUUGAAGCCGAUGCUAAUUGUGUUAAUCUACAUAAAUUAGGACCGAAUUAUUAUCUAAGUGGUCGGCAUUUGACCGGUAUGAAUUUGGCCGAAAGUGAAGAUGUAGCCAUAUCUAUGUUACGUACAUUUAAGCAACGAUUUCGCCGUUUGGUUAAUUUUGCUUUGAGUGGCAAUACUUGUGGCCGUAGUGGUGUUGGUACUAACGGUUCAUUAUCCAAUAUGGAUGAUAAUGGUGAUUCAUUACAUGAAUCUACAUGUUCAUCGAUAUCGAAAUUAGAUUCAAUGAUUAAAACCGAUCAACAUGAACGAUUUUUACGUGAAACAGGCAGUAAAGGUCCAACAUCAAUAACUGAUGAAACAUUGAACGAUAUGAAUCAAUUUGUUAGUCGUUUAGAUAAUUGGGAACGUGAAUUAUUAAACGUUGGUCGACGUUUAGCUAGCCAAAUGAAAUUAUGGGAAAAUCGUGAAUUGAUACGUAUAAGAGCUAAUGAAAUGGUUAUAAAUCUUAGAAAAAGAAAAAUCCUCCUUAAAACGACCAUAGCGACCGAGUGAUUUGAUAAUCAUCAUCAUCAUUAUUUUAUUACUAUUAUUCUAAUUGGCCGCCUGUGAUAAAUAAUUUUUUUUUCAUGAACCUUAUCUAUGAUAAAUGGAUCAGUAAAUGAAAUUUUAUUCUUAUUGUUUGUUUGUUUUGCCUUGCUUAUGUUUGUCCGAUACGUGGAUUAAAUGGAUGAUGAGACAAUUUUUUUCAUGUUUUGAACAUCUUCGAAUGGAUGUGCUACUUGAAAGAAUUUGGCUAUGUUGAACAAAGUUGUCAACAAUAUCCCAAUGAUUAUUCAGCUACAAUGGAUUAAAUUGAGAAUUGGCCUUUUUUCCAUUGGUAUUUUAACAUUUCAUUGAUUUUGAAUUUUGUGUUGAUGACUAUUUUUAAAUCAAUCGUUCAAAUCAUUUGUAAAGGAAUAAACAGACUGAACAGUCUGUUUAACAAAAGUAUAUUUGAUUUAAAUGGACCGUUGAUCUUGGUUAAUAUAACUAAUUGAACUCAAUAAAAAAAAAUUAUUUUUCUUCA